UUAUGUUGCUUUUAAAAACUUAACCUUAAAACGAUGUUAAUUUUUUCAAAAAUUAUUUUAUUUUUCUUGUUUUUUACAACAUCAACCUUACAAAUCGAAGAAUAUUGUGAAAUAGAUGAUAUGGUUUGCAAAGGUGCAAGUUUUAAACAAAACUACAGGUAUUUAUUUUAUGAUGUGAACCCUCCGGAAGGAUUUAAUCUUCGUAGAGAUGUUUAUAUGAGAUAUGCAAUAUGGGCGCAUAAAUUAGUGUUAAAUUCAAGAUUGGAGUAUCAUAAAUAUGUAAAAUUGGUGUUACCUCCGUGGUCGAGGCUGUAUCAUUGGAGAUAUAGUGAAAAACCUGAGUUGAAACCUUGGUCGUAUUAUUUUGAUUUAGAAAGUUUGCAAAAAUUUGCUCCGGUUAUAGAAAUGUAUCAGUUUUUUGAUGAUGUUAAGAAAACAGGAAGUAAUAAAGUAUUAAUUGAUGAAGUUUAUAUUUUACAACAUUAUGAGGAUAUGUUUCAAAGCGGAAAAUUCAUUGAAAAAAUGUCUAUAGAAAAAUGUAAUGAGCCAGUAGAUCCUAACUACUUUUAUUACAAAAAUAUCACAUCAAAUAAUGUUAAAUGUUUAUCAUUCCAUGGUUUUACUGAUCAACUUACAAAUUUAUUUGAAACUUCCUCUUCAAAGACAUUUUUAUUUAUUCAUGGUGAAGUAGUUUUACAUAGUAAUUUUGGAGAUAAACUAUAUUGGAAAUGUAGACGAAGUAUGAGAUUUAAUAAACACUUAAUAAACAUAGCAAACGAAUUUAGAAACAAAAAUUUAAACUCUACUGAUGUAUCAGAUAAGACUGAAUUACCAGAAGACUGGAAAGAAGAAAAACCCCGAAGAACCGCUUUAGGUGGUCCAUAUUUGUCAGUUCAUUUACGCCGGGGCGAUUUUGUUAGAGCUAGGCCCAAAGAUACACCAACGAUUUCCCACGCAGCGAAACAAAUUAAAAAUCGAUUAAUCGAUCUGUCUAUUAAUAAGGUUUUUGUGGCAACCGACGCAAAAAUUAAUGAAAUUAAUGAGUUAAAAUCUAUUUUGGAAUCUGAUGGAUUUCAAGUUUUAUUAUUUGAGCCUAAUAAAAAUGUUUUACAAAAAUUUGGUGAUGGCGGGGUCGCCAUUAUUGAACAAAUUAUUUGUUCUUAUUCAAGGUAUUUUAUUGGUACUUAUGAAAGUACUUUUUCAUUUAGAAUCCAGGAAGAAAGAGAAAUUAUUGGAUUUCCUGUUGAAAGUACUUUUAAUAGGUUUUGUGGCGGUGAUAGUUUUGAAUGUGAACCACCUUCUAAAUGGAAAAUUGUUUAUUAAUAUUAUUUGAAUAAAUAAUAACAUAAUUUUUAAAUUAUAUAGAAUAUUUUUAUCUCAACAAUUAUAAUAAUAUCAUAGAUAGAAAUUAUUAAGUUGAAAGAAACCUAUGACAAUGUUAUAGUUGUAUACAGCGUGUUCUGAUAAUAUGUAACUGAUCUAAAAUUCAACACAACACAAAGUUGUGUCAACACAACAAAAUUCUAUGGCUUUUUAAUAAAAAAUAACUUUGGCUGAGAAAUGAGGUUUUAAAAAUCUUGGUGAAAUUUGCCAAAAAACU